AAAUUAUUGAACGGUGUUGACUCAGAGUGGACCGACGGUACGCCAGGACGUGUGGGGGUGUCGGUUUCCGUAGGUUUCUCGGAUAGUAAUAGACACUCCAGCACAAACAUCACUCCUCGAUGCACCCUUUUUCGAUCUCCAAAAUUGCCUCAACGGGCCGCUUUUCUCGUGUAUUUCAGACUUGCCUCAAUUGCCUCAACAGAGCAUUGUUGGAGAAAUUGCUUGAAGAAUCUGCAUUUCAGACUUACCCGCGAGCGUUUGCAUUUCCCCUCUAAAAUCCGAAGCGAACAAGCUAUACUACCGAGUUCAGUAACCUGGUGUUUCUGUAUGAAUUUCUUGAAAAACUGGCCACCGUGAAGCUGCUUUCGAAAGGGGGUUAUUUUCGUUCCUGUCUUUUGAUGGCUCCUGGUUGUGGAUAAGUGUAUGGCAACACUUUUGGUCUCCUAUUUCCCACUGCAUGUUGAGACGUGGAGGAUCACUGAAUAUCAUUUUGCUGUGUGUUCCAUAGGAGAUUAAACAUGAGUGGCAUGCGAAAGGACGACUCUUCCCACGGAAGUAAAAUGAAGUGGCAAGAAAACCAAAAAACCAAAAGUCAUCACAUUAAGGACGCCAUGCCAGGGAGUGAGCUCUGGACUGAUGGACUACUUUGUGCUUUUGAAUAUAUUGUCCAUAAGAAAUCAUUAAGGUCGAAAUCUCAUUCCAAGAUCCAUUCUACAAACAAAACAGAUAGUGAGAACAUACAGAAGCAGGUGCCUAUCCAUGAAUUGACCGAGGCUUCUACUCCAAUAGAAAACAGAAGGAAAUUAAUUGAAUCCACAUCUCUUAUGGAGUUGGGGGAUCAUUGCAGUACCACUUUGGAUGAUGACUUAGAAAGUCAGACCUCAGAAUUAGGCCCUCUGCAUAGCGUUAAAACACAUGCGGCAGGAAGUCAUUGGGUGCCAAUUGGGUGGACUAGGAUUUCUGAACUAGUUCAAACAGUGCAAGUUGAUGCUGGGUGGGUCUCACAUCAGUUUGAUAUCAUGGAUGAUGAAGAUGACUUAACUGUUGCAGAUUUAGCAGCUCCUUACUGGGAAAGGCCAGGUGGGCCUAGAUGGUGGUGCCAUGUGGCUGCAGGUCACCCGGUUGUUGAUGCAUGGCUCAGAAAUGCUCAGUGGUUGCAUCCUGCCGUUAGUAUUGCUCUGAGAGAUGAAAGUCGGCUGAUUAGUGAUCGGAUGAAACAUCUCUUGUACGAGGUCCCAGUUAGGGUUGCUGGAGGGCUAUUGUUUGAACUCUUGGGCCAGUCAGCUGGUGAUCCAUUUGUCAAUGAAGAUGACAUCCCCAUCGUGCUUCGUUCGUGGCAAGCACAAAACUUCCUAAUAACUGCAUUACACGUCAAAGGUCCUGCGUCAAGCUUAAAUGUGCUGGGUAUCAUGGAAGUCCAGGAACAACUGUUUGCGGGUGGUAGCAACUCACCAACAACAGUGCACGGAGUCAUUGCACAUCUAGCCACCCGCCUUGCUCGAUGGGAUGACAGAUUUUUUCGGAAGUCCAUUUUUGGGGAAGCUGAUGCAGUGGAGUUGAAGUUCAUGAACAGGAGGAACCAUGAAGAUUUGAAUCUUUUCAGUGUAAUUUUGAACCAAGAAAUCAGAAGGUUAUCGAGACAGGUCAUUAGAGUGAAAUGGUCACUCCAUGCAAGAGAGGAGAUUGUGUUUGAGCUUCUCCAACAUUUGAGGGGCAACACGACAAAAAGUUUGCUGGAAGGAAUUAGAAAGAGUACAAGGGAAAUGAUUGAGGAGCAAGAAGCAGUUCGUGGUCGUUUAUUUACCAUUCAAGAUGUCAUGCAAAGCACUGUACGCGCAUGGUUGCAGGAUAGAAGCCUUCGAGUGACACAUAAUUUGACUGUCUUUGGCGGAUGCGGCCUUGUCCUUUCAAUCAUCACUGGACUGUUUGGAAUCAAUGUUGAUGGGAUGCCUGGAGCUGACAACACUCCAUAUGCAUUUGGUCUUUUUUCAGCGGUCCUUUUCUCGUUGGGAAUUGUGCUAAUUGCAGUUGGGUUGCUCUAUCUUGGGUUGAAACAGCCGGUGAGCGAAGAGCAGGUUCAAGUUAGGAAGUUGGAGCUUCAAGAGUUGGUCAAGAUGUUCCAGCAUGAGGCGGAAACUCAUGCCCAAGUUCGUAAGAAUGUUUCUAGGCAUAACUUGCCACCAACUAAUGCUGAUAAGUUUUUGGAUGAUGCCGAUUACUUACUCAUUCACUGACAUUUUUCGAAUUUGAAUUCCAACUCCUUGCCCUCAUCAACUGGUGGAAGUUGUUUCAAGGGAAUCGGUUCCCCUUUCUUCCCCUCCUUUUUCCCUGUUCUUGGAAGAAGAGUGAGUUGGAGUGCUCAGGUAAGAUAAAGCACGAAGGAAAACUUUUGCAAAGAGAUUUGCAGAAGGAAAGGAAAAGAAAUAAGCAAAAGAAGUGUAACAGCUAAAUAUAUUCUUAGUUUUUCUCACAUUGUCCAUUCUUCAUAUGACUCUACAAAUCCAAACACAACCUGAAAAAUUAUUGUUUCUUUCUCUAUCUCAAGGCUAUUUAUCUCGUCUGGCAA